AUGGUCCUCUCUCCUGCUUCAUCCUCUCAUUAUACCCGUGUCAUAUGUGGAGGUCUACCAUGGCCUGCAAUACGUGGUGAACGUCUAUUGCGUGCAUUUCAUAUUGCUAAUCCAAGUCAAGAAGAAGAAGAAGAAGAAGAAGAUGCUUUUCCCUAUAAACUCGAACUUUGUGUACCAACCGCCGGUCACUUGGCUUUAGUAUUGGUCCAACGUACCCCGGGGGUACAAUUGAACAAUCCCCCGAAUAGUCAUACUACGACCCGAGCUUCUCCUCGUGUUGUAUACGUUCUAGAUGCGUUACCACAUUCAUAUCCAAGACGAAAACCUCGUGAAGACAAGACACGGAAGAAAAAUACUGCUCCAGGGGCACAAGUACCAUCGCACCAAGUGGAUGAGCUGGAACUGUUUCAAGAAUUAUUUGCACCUCAUACACGAGCUGCAGGAGGUAAAGAAGACAGUGUCGUGAUCAAGGCGCCGUUGCUCUGUGCUCGGUUUGAUUGCCGCGUGGUUUCCAUUCGAUUCAUUCGGAGUGCAGGAAAUUUUUCGAACUCUUCAAAGCUCUGUAGAAAUGAGAGCAAAGGGCUGAAUGACUCUUUUGCGUCCGUGAAUUCGUCAACGUCGUCAUCGUCGUCGUCAAUGGGUGCUUCAUCAUCUUCAAGGGUUGUUGGAGCUGCAGCUCCGUUGAGAUGUAUUGUUGCAAGAGAAGAUGGGAUGGCAUUUUUGUGGGAGUGGCAGGCCGAUUUGUUUCAAUGGGUAUUUCUGAACAAAUUGUGCUUUCUAGAGAACCCGAAUUUAAAGUGGACGCGACCAGUUAUGGCAUUUACGACAUGUGAUUUACCACUCGAUAGCAAAACGUUGGGGUUGAGUGUUGACAAACGAGGUAACAGUGGAAACGAAAUUGGUUCGAAUGGUGCGGCAGAAAUAGUCUGGUGGUCGACAGCAACUAAACACGAGCCCAAGCUAAAAAUUCGACGACUGCGUCUUGAACGCACAACUGAUGCACUGCGAGCUACUGAUGUCGUGGUUGGAAGUGCAUUUACUCCAAAGCCAUUGUGCAAUGAUGUCGUCAAAUUAUUGAGCUCAAAACUAGGACUUUUUGCGAUUUCCAGAACGCAGGGGAUAUUCUUUCGUAGCUCGGUGGCUUCACUUAAGACUGUAGCUAUGAGUUGGCACAAGAUUUUCUCGCUCGAUGAAGCAAACACGAUUCCAGAGAUGUCACAGAUUAUGGUAUGUAUGCACAGCGUGACUGGCGAGAUCGUGGUUCUACUUCGCGAGUCUGGUGAAAUUUACCUCGUCACGCCUAAGCCUUUAACCACGUCUACUUCUUCCAGCUGUGAUGCACGUGAAAACGGAUCGUGUACGAUGAUUUUCGCUCGAAAGUUAACGACUUUGGCAUGCUGGCAGCAAUUUAGUAGUACAGCUCAUGACGACGAUAACCAGGCUCUUGAUGUGCUAGAUAUUGCUGCACACCGCCACGUUUUUCUUGUGCUAACACGCAGUGUGCUUUACGUUUACACGCUGAUUGCUGGUAAACUCCUUGAGACUGUAAGCUUGCCAGAUGCAAUUGCUAGGUCUUCUCAGCAACACGGAUGCAAGUUUUGGACCAUUUCUGGGAGUGCAAGCUCCGUAGGUUUAUGGGCUCCGUGUGGGUUUUGGACAAUCUGUCUGCCUCUAGCAAAGGUGGUUGCUGCCGCAUUGCAUCAACCGCAGUCUACGACACGAGACAACAGAAAUGAUUCGCCGACGGGAAAUGACCCCGAGGCAGCGUUCCAGGCCGUGAAGGAUUAUGGCGUAGGCGACUUGCAUUUAGAGGCGGUGCGUUACGCCCUCGACGUUUUGGAAAGAGUAACUCCUUCGGCGAUGGACCCAACUCAAAGCCAUCCCGAAGCUUGGGAAGCAAUGUGGCACACUGUGUCAAGUCCGGCAUUUCUCUUGGCGCUUCUCGAUAAUCGAGCUACAUCUGACCACGUCAUUCAUGAGCUCGCGCAGCACGUAUCCGCUAUUUACAAUACCGCAAGUGACAUCCGUUUAUAUGGUCGAUUGGACGGUCGAGGCUCUGCAAGUAACAAUGAUAACCACUUGCUUCGACUAACGCCUGCUAAUCUUGAGUCGCUGCACCAUCUCUCUAACUGGAUCGUCUUGGCCAAGCGAAAGCUUGCGCGUCUGGAAACAAGCAGCAGUGAUACCUUGAAGUCAUCGCCUUCUGUAUCGUCUCCUAGAGGUUCUGGCAGUAUAUAUCAAGCAAUGAGUGAGCUUACUGCUAUACUCGCCAACGAAGAUGAUUUAUCCAUUGCACAGGACAGGCAAAGCAAUCUUCAGCGGAAAGAGUCUGUGGUAGAUCCAAAGGAUGUGCACAACUUCCGACUUAGUCGAAAAUUGCGCCCUAUGAGCAGCUUGCGGUUUGCUGCUGGUUGUAGUACUAGCUCGGAACGGCAAGGGCGGCAGUGGCUUUUGCAGCUCGAAUCUUUCCUCUUGGACGGCGUUGCUUUCAAGGACGAACGUCAAUCGGGUGGUGCUUGUCGUGUGAUCAGAUCAGAGGCGACACCUAGUCAUCGGCUGUUUCAUAGCGAGCGAGUGCUGGCCGAUUUCCGCCACGUCACAGCGUCUUCAUUUUCAAAGCACAUGUACCUGGAGUCUAUGAGCCGCUUGUAUCUAUUGUAUGAGCCUGAGUCCCUACUUCCGUUCAUCCGAUGCGUCGAGCGUUUCUGUCCUCGGCUAUUCUCGCUGUCUGGGCAUCAAUCUUUGGCUCGAUCACACGCUGAGCGGGCGCUGACACUUUUGCCUCCCUUGGGGGUUAUCACGAACAAGGUUAUUAAAUCAAUGGAGAGCAAUGAUGGACAGGCACCUAAGGCCUCUCUACUAGCGUACGUUGACCUUUUGAGUUACUGUGGUCACCACUCUGAAGCCUGCAGAGCGCUUUUACAAUGCCACCUUUACGAAGAAAGCAAGCACAAAUUCUUGUUGCUGCAAAAGGGCGCACAAGAUGUACAACAUUGUGGUGAUGACGAGCAAGUAGAGAAAGAUCAGGCCCGGGUUACCGCUUCGAAUGCUGUCUACUUUCUGCUUCUGGAGUAUUGCAUGAACCAUGGUAAUUCGACGGAGCUGAAUGCGUUGCUCAUGCUGAAGCCAGCCAAUGUGGACAUGCUGCAUGUACUUAAAGCACUCCGUACUGCUUUUUCUUGCUGCAAGAACCAACGACAACAGAAGGGCAAUCGAGCUUGCGCCACCGGCAUAACUGUUGGUGAAUUGCGACCAGUGCUUGCUGCUCUGAUGCAGCAGCGGCGCAGUGGGGUGGCGAAGUAA